AUGCAUGGGUCCAAGGUUAUGUUCCGGGGCGAUCCACCCACUCACCCAAACGACUUCCUCAACCGCUAUCUUCUCUCGAGCCACACUAGUAGUCGCACUAUGGCCUCGGAUUUUCGUAGCACGUGCAAUUUCCUACCUCGUGUGUCGAAAGAAUUCGGUACUAAGCGCGGCUUACAGACUGAGUUGCCGUUGGAUGCUAAGAUUCGCGAAUACUAUGGUCCAAAUCCGGACAACGAUCGUUGGCUGAGGCGCCACGCGGUCUUCAACUACCUCUACCGACAGAAGGAGGCUACUACGGAUACGCCAGACGAUGACAUCGAAGAAGCUGAUCAAGAUCUGAAAGACCUGCAAGAUACUUUUGCAAAUCUAGCGACCAAGAUCACGCCUCCAAAACCAAGGCGCAAAGGCAAGAACAAGUCCAGGGUACGCAAACCCGAUUUCAACAAGCAAGACGAGAUACACGCCAAUCUCUUUGGUACCAUGAAGUCAGAGCUGCAAGACAGCGAAGUACACAGUAACUUUGACUUCCUUUCGUUCUACCGCCGCGCCUACGACCUCGUCCUGCGUAUCCGCGAGGAAGUCCUCAUGAGCGACGAAGCCCGGCGCUUCCGAGCUGAAGACAUGAAUGCGAAUCCAGAUCCUCCAAACUUUCAACUCAUAAACGAUCUCUUCAGGGCGUUGCAGAUCGAGCCCAAGACUAAGAAAGAAAAGGAGGCGGAAGCAGAGGAGGGCGCUGGGCAGCAGCUUUCGACCAAGGUUGUGCCGUUGAAGCAGAUUCGACGUGUUGCUGAGAUGAUGCUGGAUUUGACUCGUGGUAAAGGCGAUGUGGAGUUGAUGCGCGCGAAGCUGCGGGUUAAGGGAGAUUGGGAGGGUCUCAAGGCUUCGUAUGCUGCCGAAGAGGCGGAGAAGGAAACGCCUGUCGUCGACGACACUAUCGUGCAGGUGGAAGAGGAGGCGGUACUUGCGGUUGCCGAAGAUAGGGCCGGUGUUGAGGCUCCACUACGCCUCGACGAUGGCGAUCAUCGAGUCAAGCCCAAGUUUGAGGCGGAUGGAGACUCAGAGGAUAGCCCGAUAUAUACGCCUGGCAGCCAACUCUUGGGACAAGAACAUGCAGAGAACGAUCUGGAAGACAUCCUAAACCAGACUACUAUUUUAGAGAUUACAGAUACCGCCACCGAUGUUCAGGAUAACGAGGUUCCAUCAGGCCAGGAAGACAGAAAGAACGACAUCAAGCGUAGGUACGAAGCAGACGAAGACUCUGAGAAGAGCACAGCCUACUUACCUAGCCCCGGCGACCAGAUCGACAAUUCUGCCGAAGACACUCGCUCUCAACGCAUUCUCACUUUCGUCGCUCGAAAAGUAGAGCAGAGCCAUUCCUUGGAUGGACAAGUCCGACAGAUCAUCAGCACCGCAAACUCGACUUCCCUCGCAGCACUCAUCCAUGCUGACGAACUCUAUGACGCAGCACCCAUGGCUCGCUCACCAUCUGGUAUCAAGAAUGGAACCAGGCCAAAAGAAGUUUACGACCGCAUAACCUACUCCAGCACCACGUCCCGGAAACACCACAUCAUCACCGUUCAUCCUUCCCGUACCUCCAAGGAAACUAAGAUUCUAGCUCUAUCUCAGCCGCGUAGAGGCUUCUUCCGCCGUCUCACAGGCACUGCUAGUAAACACCACGUCGCAUUUCGCUGCUACACUCGAUGCGGUAUGGCGCGCGCGCUGCAUGGCCAGCAGACUCGUCUACAGCGACAGAUGGCGAUUGCUGUUGUGGAGCUGAAGAAGAAGAAGGCAAGACGGGAUUCUGCGGAGUUGGAGAAGGUGUGGUUAGGUGCUGGGGAUGGGGAUGGGUAUAUGGGAAAGGUUUGGGAGUCGGAGAGUGAUGUUAGUUUGGACUGA